AAUCACUUCCCCAACCUCAGAUUCGUCGUUACCUCCGCUCGUUCCCGCCAGUACACCGAUGCCCCGAACCCCGACUCCAAGCUCGACUUCCCUGGCAACGAUGUGCUUCGGGAGCUCGAGUCUUCGAAACCCGUCAACCCAAUUCCCCGAUUCGCUCCGGGGAUGGACAAUAACUUCCAUCGGACGGAGCCCUCUAAGUCGACGGCGGCGGCUCAGAUUUCGCAUCCGUGGCCCGAGUGGGUGGAUUUGAUGGUGCUUCUGUCGAAGGGAGGUUACUUUGAUGCGGAGGGCAACCCGUUCCAGAAUGUGGAGUUGGGUCCGAAAGAAUCGAAUCUCAUUAGAACCGCAUGCCUGAAUUUCGCCCGCGACAGAUACGACGUUAUGAGGUAUUUGUCAAAGAAACAUAUUCAGGUCAUAGCAGAGGGUGGAUGCCCCAGCACAGACAGAAAAGUGGUGAACUCUGGUAAGCGCUUGAGGGCGCAUGUGGGCAUCGAUGAGGGAAAUGUUUGCAGCUCCUGCAAUUUGAGGGGAAACUGUGAGAGAGCAUUUGUGAAGGCGCGUGAAGAUGAAGGAGGGCGCACAGUUGAUGUUAUGCGAAUCUUGUUGACAUAUGGACUUGACCCCGUAAGCGAUACUGUGGAGAAUAAACCAUGUCUGACUAGAACAGUUAAGGAAUCAGUAAGAGCACUGCUAAAGCAAAUGGCAGAGUAUGGCACCGAUGUACUUGGCUCUGAUUCGUUGAAAUCCACACCAGCUAGUGAUUUAUCCUCGCAUUCAAGUUCGGAAGAGAAAGGCUACAAAGAUGUUCCAAUGAAACAAGGAGAUUGGCAUUGCCCCAAGUGCAACUUCUUAAACUUUGCUAAGAACAGCAAAUGCUUGCAAUGCGAUACCUUUUCUCAGGAAAGAUUGAAUCAACUGCCGGAAGACCAAGAUCAUCUUCCGCUAAAGAAAGGAGACUGGAUAUGUGACAGAUGCAAUUUCUUAAAUUUUGCAAAGAAUACUAGAUGUUUGCAGUGCAAAGAGAAACCCCUGGAAAGGCUACUCAAUCCUGGGGAGUGGGAAUGUGAAUCGUGCAAUUACAUCAACUUUAGAAGGAAUAUGGUAUGCUUGAAGUGUGAUUAUAGAAGGCCUAAAGCAUCAAAUUCAAAGGGCUUGUCUCAACGAGAUUAUGAUGUUGGAAAUCACAAUCAAGGUCAUGGAGCCGUUGAAGAUAGAAAUGUUGGAAAUUAAUCCAGAGAAGACACACUAUUUGUUGUAGUCAGAACAUCAAUGUAAAGAAGAUGAUAACAAUUUUAUAAUAUCCUUCCUUUUACCAA